AGUCUCGUCUGAGUACUCGCCAACCUCAAGGGAGAGAGCUUCAACGAACCCAUGAUGGGGGACUCAAAGCUCUGCCUUUUGCUGCUUCUCAGCACAUCUGCCUUGACAUUUGCCCAGGAUGAAGAUCUGCCCUCCUGUCUGCUGGCCCAACGGUACAAGACCCUUCACAAAUACGAAUACCAAUAUGAAGCUGAAUCUCUGAACGCCAUCAAUGGAGCCUCACAGCUCAAGAACGGUCCUAAGGCCUCUUGCAAGGUUGAAAUUGAAGUGCCUCAGACUUGUAGCUUCAUCAUCCGCACCACCGGCUGCGUGCUGAGUGAGGUGGUUGGCAUGGACGCAGAGGGCAACCCUGAGUUCACCGCUACUCCCACCUUCAAAGCCUUUGCUGAAGAGAUGGAGAAAUAUCCUCUCAAGGUUGUGGUUGAGGGUGUCAAUGAUGUGAAGCUGUACCCCGAGGAAGGAGAGACAACAAAUAUCCUGAACUUCAAGAGGGGUAUCGUCUCUGCCCUGGCUGUGCCUCUGGUGGAGGAAGACAAGAACAAAUACAUGCCCACCAUCCAUGGCAAAUGCAAGACCUAUUACACCAUCAACGCCAGAGAAGAUAUUGCAACUGACAUGACCCUGAACAGGGAUCUCUCCGGAUGUGACAAGUUCAUCCCAAUCAAAGAUCACACCAGCCCUCUGGCACUUAUCUCUGGCAUGCACUACCCUCUUUCUAAGAUGGUCAGGAGCUCUCAAACUUGCAACUACAAGUUUGAUAAUGAGAAAAAGCACAUGACCUCUGGCUCCUGCACUGAGAACCACAUCCUCAUUCCCUUCUCUCACAAGGGAGAAUACGGAGUCACUAACGUUGGAAAGCAGGAGCUCACCUUGGUCGAAGUGUCUGCUCACAACGACAGAGUGUUCGACCUGAAUACCCGUGCCAAGGGUCUUCACAUUGAAACUGUUGAGGACAAGUAUGCUGUCCAGGAUAAGGAUGCAGCUCUGAAUAUCCUGAGAGAACUGGCCACUCUGUCUGAGGCUGACGGUGAGAAGAGGGCCCACCUUUUCCACGUGCUGGUCUACCUUGUCCGUGGAAUGAAGACCGAAACCUUGAGUCCUGCCAUUCCCGAGGCUCUUGAGGUGUCCCGCGUCCUGACCUACCAGGUCCUGGCUCAGUGCGGAACCCCUCAGUGCAGCAGCGCCAUCAUGCAGAUCCUCAGGUCCUUUGACAGUGCCUCCCUUGAGGUUGACGCGUCUGUUUUCGCUCUGGGACUCAUGUCCAACCCAUCUGAGCUGCUCAUCAAUGACAUGCUUGAGAUGGCCAAGUACAAAUCCAGCAAACCCAUCAUGUAUGCUCUGAGCAACGUCGUCAAGAGGUUCUACAAAGCUGAGGAAAAACUCACUCCUGAGAUUUUCUCUGUUGCUGAAUUCAUGGCCGGCAAGCUGGGUGACUGCUCUGGAGACAACGAUGAGACUUUCAUGACACUGAGGGUUAUUGGAAACAUGGCUCCAGCACUGGUAAACGCAGGCCCUGCACUCAGAGGUGCCGUCAUGCAGUGUGUGAACCAACCUGCAGCUUCUCCAGCUGUGCAGCAGGCUGCUAUCCAGGUGUUCAGGCUGACUCCAGCUCCUGAAGAAGUCAGGGAAGUCUUCAUGCAGGUCCUUUUGGACGGUGCCAGCCCCAUGCAAAAGCGCAUUGCUGCAUACCUGGUGCUCAUGAAGGAUCCCCAGACAAGUGAACUGACCCAGCUGGUGAACGCCUUGCCUACUGAGCAGGACCAACAAGUCAAGAGCUUUGUCAUCUCCCACCUUACCAAUAUUUUGUCCUCAACUGUGCCCGAGACACUGGAACUGAGGCAGAGGAUUCUGGAAGCACUGCAGGGUAAUGACAUUGAACCCACCAUGGAUCCCACCAAGUUCUCUCGCAACUACAAGAUUGGAUCUCUGGAGGGCAACAUGCUCUUCGACAGCAGCAGCUACCUGCCCAAGGAAGUCAUGCUUGACAUGACCCUGAAAGCUUUUGGUUUUGACAUUGACAUGAUGGAGAUCGGCAUGGAGGGCAAAGGAUUUGAGCCAACAGUCGAAGCCCUGUUCGGGGAAAAUGGAUUCUUCCCUGACACCGUCAUGAAGACAAUCUACUUUGUCUCUGACAACAUGCCCGAGCAAGUCUCUGAAAUGUUGCAGAACAUCGUGCCCGCUCUGAAGAGGAACAGGAUGAAGAGACAGGCUCACAUGAACUUCAUGAGAGACAUUGGACGCAACCUCAACAAACUGGUGAGAGACCUGAAGGACGCACAGUCUCCAGAAGCAAUGGUCUACAUGAGACUCCUGGGAAAUGAACUGGGAUACCUGAGGACCAACGAAAUGGAGGAGAUGGCCUACUCUCUUGUGAUGAUGAUUGACAGCAUGUUCAAGAUGUUCCCAACGGAUAUCAUGAAGGCACUGAUGACCAAGGCUGACAACACCAUCUUUGCCCACUACAUCUUCAUGGACAAUGAAUUCUUCCUGCCCACUAUGACUGGUGUCCCUCUGAGAGUGGCGCUGUCUGGUACUUUCACCCCUGGUCUCAAGGGUGGACUUCAGAUGGCUCGUGAUAUGAGCAAAAUUACCUUCAUGCCCUCUGCUGGUGCUGAGUUUGUAACCCAAGUUGGCUCCUACUUCCCUGAAUACGUCCACUCUGGAUUGGAGAUGCAAACCAACUUUUUCCAUGAGAGCGGACUCACAGCUGAGAUUGCCAUGGCACGUGACAACAUCAAGCUGACCAUUCCUGCUCCAACAACCCCAACCAAAUUCAUCACAAUGACGAACAGUCUGGUGGCAGUGGUUGGAUCAGAGAUCAAGACAAUCCCUGCUUUGGUAAUGGAGAAGGUCGAUGUCACCGACUGCUCUCCAGUCUUCGCUGGAAUGAAGUACUGCACCUCUCUGCAGUACACUGAUGCAUUCACUGAAGAGACUGCACCAUAUUUCCCCUUCACUGGAGACAGCAAGUUUUCUGUGGAGCUCCACCCAACUGGUGAGGUCACUGAGUACACGGCCACCGUUUCCUAUGAGGUCCUCAGGAUGGGAGAGGAAGGCAGGCAGAAGGUUGAUUCUGUCAAGGUCAUUCUGAGAGCUGAAGGUGCAGAUCCAACUGAGGCCAGAGUAGCCCUGAAUUACAACAGAAGGAAGAAUGUUAUCACAGCUGAUAUCCUGAUCCCCGACUACGAUGUGGAGGCAGGACUGAGACUGGGCGUUGUUGAUGGAAACACCAAGGGAAAAGGAACUCACUCCAUCUCUCUUGACUUCAUCAAUAAGAACAUUCCUCAGCUCUCCUUGGUUGGCCGUGCCAAUCUGAAGGAAAUGAAAGAAGGUAUGCUGGAAGUCCAGCUUCUGGUUCCUUCUCUCAAAUCCGAUGCCACCUUCACUGCUCACAUGAAACGAGGUGACGAACUGGAGCUGGAUCUGCAGAGCAUUAUCAACUUCCUGGGAACCACAUCUAAGCAGACAGUUGGAUUUGAAUAUGAUUCCAGCAAGAUGGAAGUUAAAUUCAAAUCUGAUGUCAACUCUGAGAUCUUGAACAACCUGCCAGUUACUGACUUGAUUGACAAGUACGGUAAUGACCUUCUUGACAUGCCAGUUGGUGACACUGAUAUGAAGGUCCGUCAGAUUUUCAAGGGAUUUGUUGAGGCAAUGAACAACUACUUGGAGAAGUAUGGUGCCGACUUCCCUUACAUUCAGAACUUCAGAGUACCUGACAUGCCUGAGAUUACACUGCCAGAGACUCUGUUCAUGAACGUCGACACAAAGGUCGUUUACUUCUUCAACCCGAAAAGCUUCACCAUUGUUCUGCCUCUCCCUCUUGGAGGAAAGUCAGCAGAAGAGCUGAACUUCCCACCAGCACUGACGACACCUCAGAUGUCUGUUCCACAGCUUGGACUGGAGAUUGUCUCCAUCGAGGUUCCCGUCCCCGACUUUGUCAUUCCAGAGAGGCUCUCCUUGACUAUUCCCUAUUUUGGCAAAGCUGAGGUUGAAGCUGCUGUGGAGAGCAACCUGUACAACAUGGAUGCCUCUGUGAUGGUUGGCAAAGAAGAUAUGGAAGUAGCAAAAUACUCAGCUAAGUUCGAUGUGAAGGGAACCUCUCCGAUUGACAUCCUCUCAGUGAAGAUGGAAGGUUCUGGAAUGCUGGACGCCACCGAAUCCAUCAAGGCCGAACUGAAAAGCUCUUUGACUCAUAAAUUACUUGAAGCCAGUGUUACCAUUCUUGAAGAUGCAUCCAUCACUGACAAGAUCAGUUUGAAAUCAAACAGCAAGGUAGAAGUCACAAGUCCACUGGGUCUCAAUGUUGUCCUUGAGCACACUGGUAUGGCUGGAAUCAACACCGAAGAAAUUUCUGCCGACAACAAUUUCGAGGGAAGCUUCAAGGCUGGACCCAUCUUUGGCAAGACUGUUUCAACCCAGACAUUUGCUAUCUUCCCACUCAGACCAGAGGCAAAGAUUGACUCUUCUGUCCAGUUGGACUCCACCAUUCUUAAGGCCCAGAAUACCAUUGCUGCAACUUUUGCCAAUGGUGAAGUCUCAGUUGUUUCUAACACCAAUGCUUAUGAAGACGUCUUGACUCAUGUUAUUGAGCUUUCAUUCAAAGACGGUCGUCUGUCACUUAAAAGCGAUGCCAACGCUCUUGCUCUUGGUAUGAAGAUCCGCAACCAAGCUGAAGCCUCCACUGGCCUCAGUGAAGUCAUUGUGAGGAUAGAAACAAAUGCAGAUCAAUCUGAAAACCGUGUUUACUCUCUGCUGACUGCAUCUUUCGAUAGCAACGGUCUGGCUCUAAACAGCGACGCCAACAUGAAGAUUUUUGAGAAUGAGGCUACUCACAAGGCUGCUCUGACUUUGAACAAGGACGGUCUGGCCACAAGUGGAACAACCACCCUCCAGAGCAUUGUUUCACUGGAAAAUACCUUCUCUGGUGGACUUGACGCAACAAAAGCAACUCUGUCCAUUACCAACAAGGGUGCAAUGCAGGAUAUCAAGAUUGAUAAUGCCAACACUCUGACCAUCACUCUGUCCAGUCUUGACUUUGACUCAAAGGCUGACGUCAUUGUCAGUGAGUAUGCUACUUACACCCAUGACAUCACCUUUGACAUGAAGCCCUUCACUGCAUCUGCAAAUCUUAAGAACAAUCUUCAACUUCUGGCUGCUGAAUUCAUCAAUGAGGCACAGCUGCAGGCAGAGCUGUACAAGAUGGACCUGACAGGAAGCCUGAAAGCCAUCUAUGCUGAGGAAGAGCUGAAGCACACCUAUCAGGUCAGUUAUGCUGACAUGACUGCGACUGCAAAAUGCAGCACCACUGGAAAACUUCUUGGCACUCACAUGAACCAAAACACAGAAGUUGAAAUCAUUGGUCUUGCUGCCAGGAUCACUAAUGAUGCUCGCUUCAACUCGCAGCCAAUCCGCAUUGACCACACCAUCCGUUGCAGCAUUGUUCCUUUUGACUUCAACCUUGAUGCCAUCUUCAAUGGUGAUGGAGAUCUGACAAUGUAUGGCAAGCACAGUGCACAGCUCUAUGGCAAGUUCCUCCUCAGAGCUCAGCCUCUGGCCUUUUCUAGCUCACAUGAAUGCAGAGCAUCAGUAACCCAGCAGCUGGACAAUGGCUUUACCCUUGAGACCACUGCUGACAACAAAAUGGAGACAGCUUUGUCAUUUGAGGAGCAGAGAACCAACCUCAAACUGAAGUUUAAAGUGAAUGAGAAUACCUUGAGUCAAGAGUUCUCUGUUUACAACACUGCUGAGAGAACUGGAGUUGAAGGUUUUGGCACCAUCCUGACAAACAUCCUCAACACAGACUCCGAAGAGAACCAGGAAUACACCAUCUCUGGCUUCCUGAAGUAUGACAAGAACACUGAUAGUCAUAUCAUUCACUUCCCCCUUAUUGAUAGUCUGCCAGUCGUUUUGGACAGUCUCAAAGGACUUGUAGUGCGUGCAGCAGAAGCACUUCAAGAAUUCAUUAACAACGACGAGGUCAGGGCUAGAAUUGCAACUCUUCCCCAAUAUGUAAAUGACAUUGUUGCUGAAGUCAACAUUGAAGAAAAGAUCACUCAGCUGAAGCAGUAUUUCAGUGACUUUACUCAAGACUUUGUCAUCACCAUGGAUGAUGUGGAAGCCUCUCUGAGGAACCUGAAGGCAACUGUUGAAAGACUAUUGUCUGACCUGACUGUUUACAUCCAACAGUUUGUUGGCAUGGUGAAAGAUGCUAUUGCUAGCAGCACCUUCCCCGAAACUUUUAUGCAAAACUUCCAGGAUCUCCUGACUACUAUUAAUGAGGACUAUGAUAUCAAGGCUAUGGUGUUGAGCAUGAUUGACACCUUCAGGGACAUGAUCAGUCAGUUUGAUCUGGAAAAACUGAAGGGCAGCAGCAUUGCAUUUCUGAGUGACAUUGAUGCCGAGUAUGAAAUCAAGGUUAAACUUGAGGCCAUCUUGGGGCUUGUGAGAGAUGCAAUUGACUCCUUUGACAUUGCUGAGAUAAAGAACUACAUUACAUCUUUGGACUUCAAAGCUUUCAUUGAGGACCUUGUGAGCAAGAUCCCCACAGAGACUCUCACUGAAAUCAUGGAUUUCACUAAGGAAAUGAUUGAAGAGCUUGACAUCAUUGGUAAGAUCAACAACUUCUUUACAAAGAUGCGAGAGAUGAUUGUCAAGUUUGACGUUGAGCAGAAAGUUCAGGCUGUCUUUGAUAAAGUUGUAGAGCUCAUUCAGCAGUUCAGAAUUAAGGAAACCAUCAGUGCCCUGAUCCAAAUGAUUAAGGAUGCAGAUAUUCCAACCAAAUUUAUGAGCAUGUUCCAGGAUGUCAUCAACUACUUGAAGACCACUGAGAUUGAGGAGAUUAUUCAGCAACUGAACAUGUAUAUCGAAACUACCCUGGAAAAAGUAAAGUCCUUGGAUGACUUUGUGGAUGUUGCAAAUCAGUAUAUUGCUGAGUACACAAGUUAUAUUAAUGAGCUGAUCAAAACUCUUGAAAUUCCCCAGAAACUUGCAGCAACACGAGACUUUGUCAACAUGGUCUUGUCAACUGUUCGCGGAUUUUUGGUAGAACUGAGGGAAAUGAAAGUGGCAGAAAUGAUCAAGUCUGUCAAGGAUGUUUUUGACUGGGUUGUGCUUGAUAACCUUAGGACAUUUGCUGAAGUCAUUAAGGAGAAAAUUUCAAAUUUUGAUGUCAAAGCUGAGAUUUCAUCUUUGCUGAACUUCAUGAGCAAAUUCUACACAAGGCUUUUGAGGAUCAUCACUAAUGUAUUCACCGGUAUUGUUGAGACAGUUAAGACUGUCAUGCCAGACCAGAAAAUCCUUAGUGAGAUUCAACAGAUCAUCAAUGGACUCCUGAAUGAAUUGAUGAAAGCUGAGAUCAACAUGCCAUCCUUCACCAUUCCUCUAACAGAUCUUGAUGUGCCUUCCAUGACACUGAACUUGGAGACCCUGAAACAGUUUGAAAUGCCAACACAGGUUGAUAUUCCUGAGUUCACCAUCUUGGGCUCCUACACUGUGAAUGCCAUCACUAUUUCAAUUGAUGACAUUAAGCAGAAAAUCCUGGACCUGAUUGAUUUCAUUGUAAACUUUGAAAUCAAAAUGUUCGAUUGGGAAGCUUUCUUUGGAGACAUGACUCUUAACUACAUUCCUGCUCUGCCUGAGAUCAUCCUCCCUGAAAUCCUUCUUUCUGAUAUUUCAUUGCCUACCAUCCCACAAGUUCCUGUAGAAAAGCUGGUUCAGGCUCUUCAGGUUCCCGAUAUCAAGCUGCCAACCAUUCCAAGUGAGCUCAUGAUCCCAGCCUUUGGUAAACUCUAUGGUGAAAUCAAAUUCCUCACGCCCAUCUACACCAUGAAGACAUCUGCCGAGGUACAAAACUCUACUGAGACUGAAAUGACACCCCAGUUCACUGGAUUUUUCUCAUCCCAGGGAACAUCACCAAGCUUUGAAGUGUUCAAUUACAAAGUUGACUCCACUGCUCGCCUCGCAAUCCCAAAAUGGAGCCGCAUUGUGGUUGCUGAGACUUUGAAGCUGAAUCAUCAAGUUCUUGGAGUUGAACAUCAGGCAUCUGUAACUCUCUAUGGUCUAUCAGCUCAGGCUCAAGCAAAGACUACAGUUAAGUUUGACACAGCUCCAUACACUGCAAACUUCAUGAACACAGCCUUUAUUGCUAUGGAAGGAGGAAUAUCUGCCUCUCUUGAUACAACUGUCACUCAAGUGGUCGACCUGCCAAUUUUCAACGUCAAAAAUGAGUUCACAGCCACCCAGAAGUCAGUUCUUCGCCAAGAUGGCUACACCAUCACUUUGACUGCUGAUAAUUCAGGCACUGGAAAGUUUAAUGCUGAAACUGGCAACCACAACAGCAAAUUGAUAUUGUCACUUACCCCCACCCUUGUUUCCAUGACUUUCAAUGGUGACACAGACUCCUCCAUCAUGAAGAUGAAACAGCAAAUUAAUGCUGAGCUUCGCCCAAUAACCUCCAUCACAUUCAGUGUCCGCAAUGAGGCAGAGGGACCAUUCAUCAAGAACAGUCUUCUUGUGGUAUCUGGACUUGCCAACCUGUAUGAUCUGAAGGCUGAGCUAAAAGCAAACCAUGAUGCAGAACUCUAUGGUCCAGUCAGUGGAGUCCUGUCCAAUGGAGUCAACUUCAUUAUCCGCCCUAUCGAGUUUGUCUUUGAGUUCCAGAACAAAGGAAAUGCCAAGGUCAACAUUUUGGAUUCUCUGACUGGAAAGAUUGAUCUGCAGAAUGACUACUCAGUCAACUUCAAACCUGAGAGCCAGCAGGUGAACACAGUCGCUCUGGUUAGACUGAAUCAGUACAAAAUUUUCUACAACUUUACCAUGGAUAAUAAUGUCAAUGAAGCUAGCAUUUUAGCUGCCAUGGAAAGUGAAGCAAAUCUGGACUUCUUGAAAUCCCCCAUCAGUAUUCCUGAGAUUGAUCUGCCUUUUGUCGAUUUCCAUACUCCAGCUAUAAGUGAUCUGAACUUGUAUGAGCAAGCUGGGCUGGACAACAUUUUGACUACCACUGACCAGACUCUUGAUGUUGAUGCCAAGAUUGUUUACAAGAAAAGCCAGGCUGUUCCACUUGUCAGUAUGAUGGGACUUACCCUGGUUCCCUCUGUAGGAAAUCUGAUCACAGAGCUGUCUUUCAAGUCUGCCAUCAUCAACCUCAAUGUUAACGCUGGACUUUAUACUGAGGAUGAUCUUGUACUCCGUUUGGGAGCUGUUACAGCCUCUGUGUUUGAAGGUUUAAAUGCUAAACUUGAUGGCACUACAAGCCUGACCACAAAGAGAGGUAUUAAGCUGGCCAAUUCAAUGUCCCUUGAAAAUCGUCACAUUGAAGGCACUCACGACAGCACCUUCAGCGUGAGCACUGAUACCUUUGAAACUGCAGUAUCUGUGAAUACAGUUGCCAAGGUUGCUCUUCCUGUACUUAGCCUAGAAGCAAGCCAAAACCUGGUUGCUGACAACAAGAACAAAGCAACUGCUGUCUCCACUUGGAUGAUGAAGGGUAAUUUCAACCUCCCUCUGAUCAAGAUUGAUGCAAGGGCAGAGGCUGACCACAGUCUGAAGCUGGAAGGAACCUUUGAAUAUGUCUCCAUGGAGUCAUCUACUAAGGCAAACAUUGAUGGCACAAUCUUUGAAGACUAUCUGCUCGUAGGAGUCAUGGACAAUGAGGCCACCUUGUACCUGAAUAAGGAUGGUCUGCGCUCAACUUCUAAGAUUAUUGCUGAUGGUAAACUGAACCACGGAACAGACAAAAUCAUUGGCAUGGAUGUAAAUGAGAACCUGGCCAUUGAAGCCUCCCUGAGCCGUGUGUAUGUAGUGCUGAAGUACACUGGCAGCAAUGACGUCAACAUGUUUGACUUCUUCACCAACGGGAAGCACAUUGCCCAAGCCACCAUUGACUUUGUCCCAGUCUCUUCCUUGACUGCUGACAUCGAGAUUGAUUUCUCCCAGCCAACCAACUUUGGUGACUUCACAAUCUUUGAGAAGACAGUCGCUGACAUUACAGGUGCCAAGCAAAAGAUCUCUGCUAAUGGCAAGGUUGUCAGCCCACUGUACACCACAGACAUCUCUGCUGAAUUGGAGGGCAUUGCUCCUGUCUUCAAAGUCAUCUUGAAAUCAUCUGCCACCUCUCCUAUUGUUCUCCUGGAGUACAACAUGGAUGCUUCUACGACAGCCAACUUUGAAAAUGAAGCUCUGACAAUGAUCACUAAGGCAACUCUGACACACACUGACGUGAAUAUGGAAAUCAACCACAUCAUUAGCCAAGCUCUGAGGAAAAAGCGCCAGGUUGACGACAGUGCCUCUCGCCAUACACUGAAUGUGGACAUAACCAGUGCUACUUUCGCUGAUAUGAACCUUCGUUAUGCUGCCCGGAGGGAUGGAAUCAGUGCUUCAGUAUCUUCCCCCUCUGCUGGUUUCCUCGGACUUCAGCUCAGUGGAAGAGUUCCACUGACCGCAAGAUUCUAUGGACGUUAUCCUUCUGCCCCAGAUGCUGAUGUUGAUAUCCUGGUCAUCAAAUCCACCGCUAUGGAUGAUAUGCUGAAGCUGCAGAUUGCAUACAACUUGGAGGCACCCAAAGAAGUUCUCUCAGAGCUCAAAAUGAAGCUACCUUCCAUCACUGCUGCAGUAAAAGCAUUCGCUGAUAAGUACCAAAUCACAACAACUUUGGAAACCGUGAAGGACACUCUCAUUAACUACAUUGCCGAUGCCUACAAUGCUGUAGUCAAUUAUGAUGCUCAAAUGAGCCAGCUGUCGGUUUUCUUUAGGAAUGUCAUUGUCCAGUACCAGAAAACUGUUCAGGUCUUUUUGGAUGCUGCCAUCAAGGUCUUGAGGGAAACUCAGUUCAAAAUGCCAGGAUCCGAUGAGAUGACCACUCUCCCUGAGGUCCUGAAAAAGCUGACCAGCAGCAUUGCUGCUAUGCUCGAAGUAGCCAUCAAAGCAGUCUAUGACAACAUGGAAGUCUACUAUAAUUCCUUUGUUGACAUGAUCAGCAGUGUCAAACUGCGCAUGCCAGUUGGCGAUGCAAUCAAUGGAGCGCAAGUCAUUGAACAGAUCAAAGUCAUUUACAAAACUGUCUUUGAUGAACUGGUAGACUUUGUGAAAAACAUGGAGAGUCUUGAUACCAUGCUUGAGAAGCUCGGUGAGACCUUGAAGGCUGUUGUUGACAAAUCACAGGAGUUUGUUGACUCUGUUAAAUCUGACUAUUUAGAUGCAGUAUUGGUACCUUUCAAUGCUUUCUAUCUUAGCCUUGUCACAUCCAUCAAGAAUGUAGUUGACCAGCUCCCUGUCUUCAGCAUGGAAGAGUUUAACAAAGCAUGCGAGACCAUUAUGGACAUGUUCAUUCAGGUAGCCGAGAAGUUCAACAGUGCUGUUUCUGGGUUGCUUGCAGACAGUUCUGCUUACAUUAAGCUUGCAGAUGGAAACCUUGAGAUUGACCUUCCAUUUUCCUUCCAACAGUAACAAGUCCAUACGAAACACUACCAUCUGUUUGGAAAGAUUAUGGACAACUAGCUCUUU